AUGCAUUAUCUGUCGGCAGGCGGCCGUGUGAAGACGUGGAAGAGACGCUGGUUCAUUCUGACUGAUAACUGCCUGUAUUAUUUUGAAUUUACCACGGACAAAGAGCCUCGCGGCAUCAUUCCUCUGGAGAAUCUGUGCGUGAGGGAAGUCAUGUUUCCACGCAAACCGUAUUGUUUGGAGCUGUAUAACCCCAACAGCCGGGGUCAGAAGAUCAAGGCGUGUAAGACGGAGACUGAUGGACGUGUGGUGGAAGGGAAGCAUCAGUCGUACACCAUCUGCGCCGCUUCAGCCGAGGAGAGAGACGACUGGAUCGAGUCCAUCAGGGCCAGCAUCACUAAAGACCCCUUCUAUGAUCUGGUGUCCAUCCGCAAGAAGAAAGUCAUCAACAAAGUGCCAGAGAAAUGAUGAAAAGACCGAAACGACCGAAACUACGACUACAAACAGACAGAACCGCUUGUUUAUUAAAGCUCACUCAAAGCUCAGGAGAUCAGCUCGGUCUCACAUGAUUCUCCUGAGACAUACAGAUUCAAAAGAGUCAAUAGUUCGGAGUAUAAAUCUGUGAACUGAAUGUGGAGCAGCUCGGCUCAUUUGAAGAGAAUUGACUGAGAUCAUAUUUGAGACAUUAUCGAGUUUAUUGACUUUUUUGAGACACGUGUGAGAUUACUGGUGUCUUUUGGGGCAAUGAAUGUCUAUUUAACCUCACUGUCCUCCGGGAGAAACAGUUGAGAUCAUAAAGAGACACUGAGAUUUAACGUGGAAACCUGCAGAGACGUCUGAUGAUGCUCCAGUGCCGCGCCGGAUUGAUUCCCCUUCAGGACAAACACAUUUACUUUGACUUCUUUGUAACAAAUGUUUUUCAUGUAAAAUAUUUUUUUUGUAAAUAGUAUAGAUCAUACAGUCUGAAAGACUAUAGGUGAUGAAUUGUACAAUAGAUUAUUUAAUUAAAGUUAUCUGAGACUAAAUGUCACACGAUGAUUGUCGUUUAUGAAAGGUCUCUGUGUUUCGAGUUUGAGCAGAAACACACAUUAGUGCCAUCAGGAGUCAUUACAAAACGUGAAUUUUGUGUUGGUUUUGUUAAACACACACACAC